UUCCAGGUAAACCGGAUGUGUCUGUCGAACAGUCGGAAAUGGCUGUUGUUGUAUCUUGGACAUUAAAGGAAAAGAACGGAAUCAUUAAAGAGUACCACGUGACAUAUAUAAGAGAAGAUGAGAACUCAGAAACCAAGACUCUUGCCACCAAGAAGAUGGAAGCAAGGUUUGAUUUAAAGGCUGGAAAAACUUAUCAAUUGCAGGUAGAAACAUUUUAUUACUUAUCCGAGUUAAUAAACAGUUUAUAAUCUCUUUUAGAAAAAAAAAGUUUGUUUAAGGCAACUAAAUAACAAAGUAUUAAAUAUUUAAGAUUGAAUGUUUGGCACUCUUAAGGUUCAUGAAGUAUAAGUGAUUGUAAAAUGCACGAUGGCUGAAAAAGAACGUCUAACCUUAGCUCCAUAGGAAGACGCUAUUUUUGUGCUCUUGAGGAACAAUCCUCUCUAAUGAAUACUAUGAUUUCUCUUCCCUAAGGUAUUUGCCAUAAACCAGAUCGGAAGAGGACCUGCAGGAGUGAAAAAUUUUACAGUGAAAAACAGUUAGUAUGUGUACUUCGUUGCGAAGUCACUUUACUUGUAAGAUUGACUUAUUGGGACUCCCUUAACUAUUUCAGUUUGAGCAUUUUCCUUCUAGUUAUUCCUAUAAUUUCAGCCCAAAAUGAUAUCAGUCAAUUUUGUGUCCCUUAGCUCUUGGGCUCCCAUGACACCAAGAAUCCGAAAAGAGGACUAUCAUGAAGUUAGAAGAAUUGCGUUACGACCUCUUUUUAGGUUAAAUAUAGGGGAAUUUUGAAAUGAUAGAGCUUGAGUAGAAAAGCAACAAAGAUAUCAGAUUAUAUAUUAGACCAAAAGGAAGGUGGGUGGUUAAAUACGUUGGAGAUCAACCAGUAUUGUAAAAGACAAAUCUAAAGGAAUUCCAGUUUUUUUCGUAAGGCAUAACGCUGAUGUACUUGGAUCAAGCCGGAAAUUUUGAACAGAAAUAAUGAUAAGAAAUUUGAAGGAAGGAGUUUUUCGGAAAGGUACUAUGAAGAAAGAAAAUAAGAAAUUAGUUAACUAGGAACGAGUAAUGGGUGUUCAGCUAAGUUUCUCUGUUAGGAAAAGAUAAAUUCUUUAGGUUUUCGCAAUCUUAAAAAAAAGUAUGGAAAAACGAUCACAGAUGGAAUACACAUGAUUCAAUGCCCUUUCACUUCAACGUUUGGCAUUUUAAGUUAUACACACACUCUUAGCGGUAAAAAAAAAAAACAAUUUCUAUUGACAGUCUUGGUUCCAUCAAUUCACGUAAAUUUUUGACAUCGUCUCUUAAAGAAAGUUGAACAAAUUCUAAUUUUGUUGUUGCUUUUAUUUACUGUUAGAAACCAAGGUUGAGACCUAUCUAGGGGUCGUCUACGCAUUGGCUGCCUUACUAGUACUUUGCGUCAUGUGUUUCGUCUGUUAUAUCGUGUGGAAAAGGUAAGUUUGGAAGGUAUCUAGCAAAGAAGAACAUGGGAAAUUUCAGCUCCGGAAGCCAUUUAAGUUGAAGAAUACUCUAAACAAGUUAAAAAGUCUUAGAGCUGUAAAAGAACUUACCAAAACACAAGAAAUUCACCAAGUCACGAGUAAAUAUUAAGUUUGUGUUUUAUUUAGUGGAUAAAAGGUUAGUGUCAAAUUUGAGAAUUUCUGAAACAUUCAGAUGACCUAUGUAGCUCAAUUUUUUCUGGCUAAACGUUUUCCAAGCUAGUCGACUAAGUUUCCUUUAUCUUCGUCUUGAGAUCAUAGUUAUCGUUUGAGGCAACAGAAAGUGAAACAUAUUUUAAACGUAGUCAAAACUGAAUCACCACAAAGACGCUUGAAGGGAUACAAACAUUUCAACUAAAAUGUGUAAAACUGAAAAUGAAAUUUUAACUGUCAGUCAAUCUUCUGGCUUGGCUUCAUGCUUCCCUACCUUAUUAUAUUUCUACAUUAAAGCGAAAGAAGAGUUUAAUAAUUUCGUAUUUGCGCCAAUAGAUGGUGCCGAAGCCGAAUUGCUGAGAAAAGGGCAGCUGAAUCCAACAUUAGGGUAUAUGAUGGUAAGUCCAGUUUAUAUCCCACUAUAUCAUAGAACAUACCAGAACAUUACAACCAAAAGGCCCCAUUUAUAUGGUAUUGGGUACGCGAGCCAACUCUCCCCCCGAGUUACCCUAAGCGAGCUAACUUUUCACUUAUUUCUUUACAAAAUUCAGCCGACCGUUUACAUGAGGUUGUGAACUCAUCUCGGGAAGGUGAGACAACUCGAAGGGAAGGGGGAGGGGGGAGGGGAUGCGUGCGCACGCUAAGGCAAGGAUGUUUACAGCUAUUCUUUCCCCGUCGUCUGCCAUUUUGUCGAAUAUGUAACGUGGCCGAACGAGGGUUAGCAGAUGUCAAAUUUCAUAUCAACGCCCCGUACACUUGUCUCUAUCCACAGGCGCACAAACUUCCCUCUUGAGGAGAUAAACAUAGUAAAGAUAAAUAAAUAAUAAUUAUAAUAAGGGAAGACUCCAUAGAGUCGCUUUAUUUGCCUUGUGCAGAAGAGAGACAAAAGCAACAAGCAACUGCGGAGAGCCUUAGUUUGUUUUCGCUUUCUGCAUGCUUACCAUUGGAAAUUUUUCCUUAGAAAUUCCGAUCAGUUCUCUUCAUGAGUAUCAAAAUGUGGAUGGUUUUAAACUUGACCGUCAAAGGUUAACCACAGUUCAAGUACUUGGAAGUGGCAACUUUGGUCAAGUUUGUAAGGCAAUUUACGGACCUUUGAGAACUGAAGUUGCUGUUAAAUCAUUAAAAGGUAUGUUGAUCACCAUUUUUUACUGGCUGGAAAAUGUUUCAAAUGUCUUUAAUAGAUCGGAAUUCAUCAGUUUCAUUUAAUCCAAUCUUGCUUUCAAAUAUAGCUGUGUAUGUACUCUUGUCCGAGUCCGUUAUAGAUAUGAUGAAGGUUCUCGUCAGCUUUCUUCUGUAAACCUGAUCAUUUAGUUUGUAUCUUAACAUUACGUUUUAGAUAAUGCCCUGCCGAAAGACGUGCAAGAUUUUAAAACUGAGUUGGCCUUUAUGAGCUCCUUGCAGCCUCAUCCCCAUGUGGUAAAACUAAUUGGUUGCUGUAUUGAAAAAGGUACAUCCUGAUGAUUAACUGAUGCACGUGAAUGAUUAAUUGACUGAUCGAGAAUAACCUUGGGCUUUUGUUUGAUUCCAGAUCCCUCACUAAUAGUUUUGGAGUAUUUAGUGUAUGGUGAUUUGUUGGGAUACCUGCGUAAAAGCAGGGGAAUUGAGGAUACCUAUAACAUAGGAGAAAAGGGACCAAGUUCAUCACUGAGAGAGAAGGACCUCUUGUCUUUUGCGUGGAUGAUCGCUGAUGGCAUGAAUUAUUUAGCAUCAAUGAAGGUAAACUUGACAUUUUUCACCACGAAAAACGAGGAAAUCACAAGAAACCUAUUUCUUCCUAGAAACUCGUAUGUAUUGCAAAAGGGUGGAUAUUAAAAGUACUGUAUGAUCGCAAUACAUUUUGCAUUUUUCAUCGUGCCUUUUAGCACGAUGCAAAAUAAUCACCCUUAACGGAGUCUCUGUGUAAAAGAAGUUAGCGAAGUUUAAUUAAGAGUAUGUGGCCAAACUGGGAAAACUUUGAUCGCACAAUUUACAUUUUAUUUCAAUACCAACUCGGCGCGGACAAUGAUAAAUGGGGAAUAAUACAUGGUUGUAAGACGACCUGACGUGAUUUGUUUAUUGUACGUUACAUGAAUGUUGAUUAAUUAUGAGGAACUCGCCUACCUGGGCGAACAUUUAGGCGUGAACUUUAAAUACUUUUAUUGUAUAAACUGUACUGCUAUACAAGGAUUUCCAAUCCUGAGAAAGGCCUUAUCAACACAGGUGAAAAAUAUGAUAAAUUCACGUGUGUUCGAUAUCGCCAAUCAGCUGCUGACACGUCACUCGCCUCUUCGUGCCACUCCGUGAAUACCUUAGUCAUUCUCAAUCGAAGGUAGUUUGUCGAAAUUUUUCGCCUCGGAUCAUGGCUACUAAAACGCUGAAAAAUUGUCAUGGCUAAUGGGGGGAAGACAACCAAAAUACGAAAAACAAAAACCGAAAGUUACAUAAUCAGUGGCUUUGCUAAUGGAAUUUCUCACGGCUGAAAACGAAAAUCUAUAACAGGAAGAUUUGCCACUACUAAGCCGAUUUUGGCCGUGUACCUGAAAAGAUCAAUAAAAAUUCAAUACUUGAGAACUUUGUAAAUUGAAAGUUAGCCGCGCUCACUCGUGAGCUUUCUUGUUGAACGCUCGAAUAGAAAUUACAUUUCUACUAGCAACCAUGAAUUAUUCCGUUUGAAUUGCCGGAAUUUGAUAGUUGACCGCAAGAAGGGGGUGAUCGCUGAAUGGUAGGCCACUAUAGAGGUUUAUUUUCAGUAGCAAAUGAAUAUCUGUACGAAAAAGAGAGUUGAAAAAAGGGUUGAAAAUGAAAAUUGAGAACAAAAUUAAAAGAGCUUAUGUUUCUCUCAAGACGUCUCUGAACAACUCUUGUAUGUUGUGUUUCAGAUUGUUCAUCGAGAUUUAGCAGCUCGAAAUGUGUUAGUGGGUGACAAAAAAGUGUGUAAGAUAUCAGACUUUGGUUUAGCACGUGGUUUGGAAGAAGACAUCUACACGAGAAAAACUCAGGUGAGCUCUAAAUAAACUUUCUAAUCAAAUAAUUUUAUAAAUAGCUUUCACUAUCUUCCCUCUUUAUUUAGUUGAUCCUCUACUGUAAGUUCUUCGAAAGAUAAUAUUCAAUUGUAUAUUGCUUCAGUUUUCAUAGCAUUGUUCUUUUCAUAUAUUUUUGCCGUUCCCCAAUUUCAAGGCUCGUCUUCCCAUUAAGUGGAUGCCUCCAGAAUCUCUAUUCUAUGGAACAUCAACUACUAUGAGCGAUGUGUAAGUUUUUGCUACCUUCUUUUUUUCUAACCCGUUAAGCCUGAAGUUUUUAGCAGUUUUGUUAACCUCCAUGGUGAUUUGACAAAGUUUUACGAGAAUCAGUUAAAGAGCAGAAGUGUCUUAUGUUCUUUCAUCUUCACCCAACAUUUCAGUUUUCCUUAAUUUCUUGACGACACAACCGCAUUGUAUGAGACUGAUACGUGUUGUUAACACUUUUCGGAAACAGUUUCACAAAGUUUGACGCGGUAGUAUAGCCACUGCAUGUCCAGGGAACCCGAUGUAUGAAAAACCUGUAAUUAUCAGAACAAGCUCUUUUCUUCGGCCAAUCAGCACUCAUUAAUUUCAAAUUUUAUAGUGCGUGAUGAAGGGUAUUAUAUGGAGAUUGAUGUGAAUAUUUCUAUAUUCUACAGAUGGUCUUACGGCAUUGUGAUGUGGGAGGUGUUUACCAUUGGUAUGUCUAGUAAUGUGGAGAACUUCCCUCUGGCCACGGGACAUAACACUUUGACUAUAACAUGUCUUUCAUAUGGCAGUUAAGGCUGAGCAAAACUAUUGUAGAUUCACUGACUUUAAAGAUCUCUGGCAGGAUUUUGAGGUUUAGGGAUAAUGGGUCGGAUGAAAUUGUACAGAUAUUUACCUGUAAAACCAGAAUGAAGCGGCAAACUUGCUAAAUUUUCUGCUCCCUACCUCAACCCAACCUCUUCCCCCCCCCCCCCCCACCCCUUUUCUCGUGGAGAGGCUAUUCUAAUGCAUUUCCAACCGGACAAAUCGGAUCACAAUUUUCUCAAAAGAAUCUUCCCUUUGAGGGACAGGAUGUUGAAGCACUGUCAACUUUUUUGUUACACAUAUCGUUUCAGGUGAGUCACCUUAUCCUGGAAAAACAUCCCGAAAAACUGCUAAUUUGUUGCAGACAGGGUACCGUAUGCCAAGGCCUGCACAUAUCUCACAAGAACUGUAAGUAUACCUGCGGACUGCACUAUCUUACCGUGCGAAUAGAAAGAUAAAGCAGGAAAUUUACGAUAAAGAUUAAACUUUUGUUGCCGCCUACCGCCAAAGGUAAAGCAUUUAUAUCUACCGAAAAGUGAGUACGAGUAGAAUUUAUUUUUUUAAGUACUGUUUUCCAUAAAUUUAAACUUAAUAUUUGUUAUUUCUACGACUUCUCAGUUUUAUUUAGCUAAAAUUGAAUACUGAAAUACCUUUGACUAACCGAUUUCAUGGUCUGUGCUGCAUUUUACGGACUACAUUAAAUUUUCCCUCGGAUUUAAGGCUCUAAUGCGGCCAUAAAUCCAAGCGGAAAAAUCGAGGUCCAUGACUUUAAACCAAGCAUAGCGUACGUUCUAACUGGGAGAUAUAAUAAGAAUUCUGACUUAAAAAGUCAUGCGAGAUGCAGUUCUUGCUAUUCAGAUAGUGAUGUUAAUUGUUUCGGAUGAACGGAGUAAAUUAUGUGAGUAAUGACGUUAUUCAGUAAAUGGCACAGGCAUACUCGGAAAAGAGAACUCCACUGAGCUACUGACAGGAGCCUCGAGGUAGACUAGGCGGUUUACUGAACUAGGCCCAUGGUGAAACAUUUCUUCACGAUGCUAGCAUUAGGAAUCGACAUGUGAUUCUUUUGCGCGAUGAUGAAUGAAGAUGGUAAAUUUUAAGCGAGGUAGUUUGGCAAAAGAUGAUGUUAUUUAAGCAUACUCGGAAACAUGAACUCAGAGUGCUAAUACUGGGUGUUGAAAGUAAAUUAUCCUCUUCAUUUUUUACUCGUUCUCUUUAAACUAGUAAACAUGAUAUAGUAUCAAUGUCAAGAAAAUAGAAGUUACUUCAUAAAUGUUAGUCAUUCCUAUUUCAGGUAUUCGAUUAUGAAGGAGUGUUGGGAAGAAGAGCCCUCAAAGAGACCAACAUUCCAGUGGCUUUGCUCCGCGAUGAAACGACUGCUGGAUGAUCAUAAGGUUUGUUUGCAAUUAUUUCCCCCGAGGUUAUAUUUUUGGUCUGUCAUUUUACAUCAAAGCCCCUGGUUAUAGCAUUCCUUGACUUCCCCCUCCCCCUCCUUGACAGAUUUUAUCCCUCCCUCCUUUCGAUACGGUGUUUUAUUAUGCUUGAAGGGGGAGGGGAAGGGUACCAUACAAAAGUCUAGGGAUGAUUUCUAGCUCAGAAGGAUUCACUCACUAAGCAUCCCCUCAAUAUAAUUUAACAAGAUAUUCUUUGACAGGUGUUGUCUUGAUCUUAUCUCUUCUCCAGACUUAUGUGAACUUGGAAAUCUACGACGGCAAGAACUAUGUUAACUUUGAUAUGAUGAUGGACAAGGAGUGAUGAAAGUUGUUCAAUUUAAUUAAUUUAAUAUUGGAGGGUAGAGGUUCAAUGAACGACAUAUACCUCAUUUAUGACCUUACCUCUUAAUUAUGCAAGUAGAAGUGAAAUUGGAGAAACUCCUUCAUAUUAACGAUGCAAAAGGGUUCGCUUUGGAAAUAUUUGUUAAUAGCGUUUGUAUCAGGAAGUACAUUGCGUAUUAUUUUACGGAGAAAACCGUUUAGCGAAAAUUUUGGACUUAAAGUUAAGUUUAAUAUUGGAAUUUGUUAGAAAUUCUUAAUUUUCGACAAAUAUUCGAAGAAAGCUUUUACUCAAUGAAUUGUUGAAAAUAUAAAAGUAGAUUUUAGCUUGUAGCCUAAUUAAGCACGUUUUAACUAUGUUUAUUCUCUGGCUUAUAUACUACAGCAGCAUUAAAGUUGUAAUACAGGCUUGAAUCAUACAGUCGGUCUCUGUAUGAAAGUAUUAUUAUUAAGGAUACCUUUAAGGACAGCGAAAGACAUCUUGUAUCAAACUUUCAAAUUUUUUGGACCGAGAUUUUGGGGAACGGUUAUUUCGACAGCAAGCUUAAGAAACAAAAUUUGAAAUUUUUAACAUUCAAUAACACCUUUAAAGAUCAAUUGCAUUCUAAUUUUUAGGAUAUUAGUUGGAAUUAUAGCUUAUAGUGAAUAAAUCAAUAACGUCAAACUAGCUUAUCGGCUGACACGAAAGAUUUCGCGACAAACAUUUGGUGCUAACAAAGACA